AUGAGAUUGGGUAAUUACCAGAAGAUCAAGACCGUCCGCGAGUUGGAAAUGGUAGUUGCGGAUUUCCGAGAACUCUUCGAUAUCGAACUCGUGCCGACUGGAUGCGUGGUGAGAAAGAAUCCAUGCGGCGGUCGUGCUCCUUGCGCUGACGAGCCAUCUCCAUACGGUGGUCCCUCUCGAUGCGAUGCUCGUGCCACGACUGGAUGA